AGCUGAAUGACCGAUUUCAAGUUGGAAAGGAAGGAUGCCCCCUUGAGAAGAAAUAUCUCAGAAUCUGUUUCUUCAAAUAAGUGACUUCAUGUUAAUCUUAUAAAGAAAAUAAUUCAGUUCCUAGAUAUAAUCCUCCAUAAAUGUUGGUCGUUUAUGUUUAGGGAAGCCUCUACAUUCGAUGGUGUGGAAAGGGGAACACAAUCCUUAUUGUGAUUGAUGCUGACAUUUUUAACUUUUAUAAAUUUUGUUCAUAUUUAACAAUUCACUGAGUGGACCACAAUUACUGGUGCCUUGGAACUGCAAUUUUGCCCUUCGACUUAUGCCAACCAUCAGAAGAACUGUUUCAUCUUGGCUCCAUAACAUAUCAAGAAGCUUUUGCAAAACUCUGUAACUGUCACGACGAGCCUCACCCUAGAAAUGAUUUUAAAUCGUUUCAUUUCAGGACUCAUUCUUGAGAUUAGAAGAGAAUUAGAUGUUCUCUUACCUACUUCCAUUUCUUAGGCUUUAGGGCUGGCUGGACUGUUGAAUCCAAAAUAUAGGAUUCAAAAACAAAAAACUGUUNCCCAUCUCCCUUUUUGCCACAACCUUCGAAUCAUUUUCUUCUCACAUCCAAAACCAACCCAUCAUCCACCUCUAGAGUUCUCUCAGCCAAACCCAUACCCAUCAAGAGCCUACCUGCAACUUAACUACAAGAAAGGCGAGCAAUCUAUUUGCAUUGAAACUGUGAUGAAAAAUACUACUCUGGCCACAAGUGCUCAUUCAGUCAUUUUAUGUUGUUAGGGGAUGAGUUUUCUUCUUUUGCCGUCCUUCCUCCACUGAAUGGCCCCAUUAUAACUGAACCAAAUGAUCAUACAGGAUCCCUUUCUAAUCACAUCUUCAAAUUUGGAGGAUUUCUUGAAGGUUUACCUGUCACUGUCUUUGUGGACACUUAUAGUUCUCACAAUAUUUUGUAACCACGUUUGGCCACACACCUCCAUUCGUAUCGAAUUGAUGUAGGUGGUAUGCUACCUAUUGAAGACAUUGCUAUCUCAAGUGGAGUUGAGGAUCACUUGUCUGGUGCGAAGGUUUCAAACGAUUUUUUUAAAACACUUGUUGGAUUCUCUCCAGUUGUGAAGUCAAUUAAACCUAACAAUGGUUAUGUACCCCAAAAGGAGAGAAGUCAUCCCCUUUGAAGGUAUUUCUGAAGACACUGAAGAAUGCAAUUCUGUAAAUACAUCAAAUUCUGAACCUAAAUCUUUAAAAUCAGCAAAGAGGAAAGAUGGUGACGUUAAGAAGCUGAUUGGUAUGCGUGGGGAACUGAACGACCGAUUUCAAGUUGGAAAGGAAGGAUGGCCCCCUGAGAAGAAAUAUCUCAGAAUGUGUUGUCUAAUGGGAUCAGCAGAAGUCCUGGGCAGUGUAAAUCUCUGCGGACAUCUUUGUUACAGAAAUACGAGGUAUAAUCUUCUGGAGCCCAAGCUCAUCGUAGCUGAAAUAUGCAAUCCAUGCAUAAAUCAAGGUCAGUUCACCUAUAAGAAAAAUACAUCAGAGCAAACAACAAUUAUGCAGUGGCAUUUUGUUUAUUUCUUUAAAGAGAUUUUUGAAAUUUCAAAUGAGUUCGUGUAGAAAAGUUAUGUGUUCUCGACUGUGGGAUCCAAUGCCAACUUUAGUUAGUAUUUAUAUUUUAAAAUCUUUCAUACGAAAAUGCCAUGCAACAGUUCAAACUAAUUUAAUGGGCUAAGUAUCCUCUUCUCUUCGUGUACUAUAACUACGCAGAGAAGAGGAUGGGAAUGGAGUUGUAAGACAUGCUCUGGAAACAUGACACCAGCAUCAAAGAGGAUAUAGCGAUCAUAGUUGCCAUCAAGCAUGCAAUUCAUCCCAAUUUCAUCCAACCCACCAAAGGGAAGAACUCUAAGGGGUGGCCCAUCCCGUCCUUCAUAAAAUUCCUCCAUCUUGCGUUGAACAGAAUCUUCCAUGCUUUUUCUUGGACCUUCUAUCCUUCUCGAUCUUUUACGCAGAACU